UUAGGCUACGGAUGCGUAGGAUGUGGUUAAGGGUGAUAUUUUUAUAUUUAAGUAACUAGAGCGUUACAUCACUCGUUUGAUAUUUGAACCUAGAACUUUCAAGGUUCGAGUAUCAGCGGAUUUCAAGAAGGAGCGCUCUGAUUUUGGAGAUGAAACCGGCAUGUCUUCGAAGAGUCAAAGUUAGUAAUCCGAAGUGGGAAAAGUAAACUUGUUUGGGUUUCGAAAAUUGCGCGCCCGAUCGACGAAUACUUUCUACAAGCCGUCACCAGGGAAGCCGAAACCGGCUAGCGAAGAUGUCGUCACGAUUCGUCUGAAACGGGAUUAAAGUUCUGGAACAAAGAGAAAUAAGCCGCGAACUGAAGUGACAAUUGAGUCUCAAAAUGGAUGACAGUGACAGUGGAGGAUUAAUAUCCACUGAAGAGGACCAAUCUGGCGAGUCUUCUGGGUCUACAGGAAAACGAAACAUGGAGAAAAAGAUUUCAAAACUAAAAUUAAAGCUGAAAGGAUUUGAAAAGGUGGUUGAAGAAAGGGACACUCUGAGACAAGAGGUUCAAGUACUUGAACAUCAAAUUGAAGAGCUGAACGCUGAACACGCACAGGAACUAUUGGUGUUAUCGACAAGCUUUUCGGAGCACUUGAAUCAAUCUUCAGCUUCCGAAGACCCUGGGAGUCCUGCCAAGUUAAAAGCGGAAUACGAGAAAGAGAUGCAAAAGUUACGGUCUACAAUUGAAGACAAGAACUAUCACAUCGGUAACCUGCAGAAGAAGCUGGUCGAAGCACAAUUGGAGCUAGAAAAGGAACUUGACAGACACGAAGAAGAGACCGAAAGUCUUCGGGUUCGUUUAAAGAAUGGGGAGACUGAUUUUGAGAAACUUAUCGAGGUGCGCCUCGACGAGGUAAGAGGGCAGUACGAGAAGGAACUUGAGGAGUUACGAGCCCGGAUAGAAGCAAUGAAGAGGGCACGGGUGGAGGUAGAAAUGGACGACAUGAUAUCGCAGCUCGAAAAAUCCAAUGCGGAAGUAGAAGAACUGAAAGAAAAGAUACGCCGAGAAAAACUAAACGAUGCAGAAAGAAACAACAACGACAGUGCCAGUGCAAAUAGUGGAGUGCAUAAUGGCGAAGUGGAGGAACACAGUGAGGAAAAUAACUCUACGAAUGUGAAGUCAGUUAUUGCCCUGAGUCACAGUGGAGAGAGUGACACUUCCGAAAUGGAAGCACUCCGAGCAGAGCUUCACUCCCAUUAUCAACAAGAGAUCGAACAAGUUGCCAAGAAACUAAGUGAGGAGUAUCAAGCUGAAUUGGAUGACAGUCUCUCUAAAAUGGAAGAGGACUGGGAGCAGCAACUAGAGCGGCAAAAGGGCGAAUAUGAGGAGAAGAUUGCAGCUUUGCAACGUCAGUUGAAGAGCCAAUACCAAAACGAUCUUGACCAAGUGACAGCAGACAUGGAGGACCAGAUUCAAGGCCUGAGAGACAGUCAUUCUCAAGAAGUUGCCGAGCUCUUGGGGAAAUUAAGAGAGCUUUCCGAAGAGCGCCGAAGAUCUGUCAUCCAACAAGACACCACGGAACAGGAAGUUGUUAUAAUCAAAGAGGAAUGUCGGUCUAAAGUGGAGAGCUUAGAGCAAGAGUUACGCACUGAGAAAGAAAAAGUUUUCGAAUAUCAGCAUCAGAUGGACACAGUAGAGGCGCAAGUGCAAGCGUUCAGGACCGAGAAGCAGGAGGAGUUGAAAAUGAUAGAGGAGGAAAUGCGACGACAAUGUAAGGCUUUCGUGGAGAAAAAGUCCAACGAAUUAAAGGAGAGAUACCAAAGUGAACUGAAUGAGAAGUUGAACAAAUGUGAACAACAUUGGAGAAGGUUGUACGAAGAAGACAUUGGAAAAACGAGGUGUGAGUUGGAAGAGAGUAAUAAGACUCUCAAGGAUAAAUACGAACGACAAGUGUCGGAAAUCAUGGUUCAAAUGGACGAAGUACAACAGAGGACUAGGGAAGUUCUUAUGCAAGAGAAGAAGCAGUUUGAGGAACAGCAGAAGGAGCAGUUUGAAAGACAGCUAUCUGAAGUCAAAGAGGAACUGCAGCCCUACAAAGAUAAGUGUUUGGAACUGGAAAAAGAAAAUAAGUCGCUCUCUGAAAAGUACGAACGCGAUCUGUCAGAGUUGCAGGUUAAGAUGAACGAGGUGGAAGGACGAUACAAGGAGGAUAAAGGAAUCGAGGAACAAUACUUGGUCACUCUUAAAAGUGAACUCGAGCUAUACAAGAACAAGCUGCAGGAAUUACAGGACGGUAAGAAGUCCUUGAUGGAAAACUACGAAGCCCAACUGGCCAAUUUGAAGAAAACGUACGAGGAGAUGGAAGAUGGGGAAAUAAAAACUCUCCAAGAAGAAGUUAACAUUUACAUUAAAAAAGCUGCAAGUCUCGAAGAGGAGAAAAAAACGUUUUUGGAAAAGCAUGAAACGGAAGUGAAUGAGUUGAAGUCCACCAUACGCACAGUGACAGCCGAGCUAGAGUUGACGAAAAGCAAAAUGGAGAAUCUUGAGAACGACAGAGAUAAAUUGACUGGCAAUGUUUCGGAACUUACACAACAUCAGGAAUCUGCGAAGGAUGUGUACCCCGAGCUUGAGCAGAAAAAGCAAGAAAUGGGUAAUAAAUUUAUCGAGGAGUUGGAAGGAAAAAUUGCAGAUCUAGAAAGAGACCUGGAGGAUUCUCGACACAUUUGUUACGAGUUGCGGGAGGCUAAAAGAGCAUCGGACAACAAACACAACGAAGAACUCGAGAGCUUGAGAGCCAAACUGGAAGGAGAGAUGAACGCAGCUAAUAGCCGUGAAGAACAGUUUCAAAGUUUGACAAAAACGAUAAAAAGCCUAGAAGAAAAAGUAACUCACUUACAAACUGAACUUGAACAGCUUAAGACCAAAGAAUUAGAUCAAGAAUGUGCUAACAGAAAAGCCAGAGACAACGACGCACAAGAAAUCUCCGCGUUACAGAAGAAAUUGUUCGAGAGCCAGGAACUGUUUGAAAAGGAGAAACAGAGUUUAGAAGAACGGUUACAACAAAUCAAGAAAGAGCUAGAUGUUUCAGAAGGAAAGUUUCAACAUCUCGAAGAAACCAAGAAAAUUUCUGAUGAUCAACAUGCAACUGAUGUGGAGAGCUUGAUGUCGGAAUUAAACGUCUUGCGAAAUCUUAGCGCAGAAGUAGAGCAGCUACGAAAGCUGGAAAGGGAGAAGGAAACUUACGAACGGGAGGUGUCAAAACUGACAGAUGAGAUCGAGACGCUUAAAACUAAGAUUCAAGAACUAGAAGAAAUAAAUUCUAACUCUUCACAAGAGAUUAAAGCUCUUCAAAAAGAGGUAGAAAUACUAUACGGUUCUAAAGGCACCGAAUUUCUUGACUUUGAAGAGGAGAAGCAAAAGUACCAGGAAGAAAUGGAAGCUCUUAAGGCACUUACAGAGGAGCAAAAACGUAUAAUACAAGAACUUGAAGACGAAGGAUGUAACAAAUUUGGAGUUCUUUUGAGCCAGCACGAGAAAGAGCUGGAAAAUUUGAAAGCGGAACUCGAAGAACAGAUCGCCAGGAAAAGAGAACAGCUGUCAAGAGAAUCGUCUGCAAAGAGACAAAAACUUAAAGAUGAAUACGAAGGGAAACUCAGAGUGUUGUACGAAGACCUUGUUGCUGAGAAAACCAGAAUAAAGGAACUCAUGAAAUUUAAUGAAGACCUCAGCAGAAAGCUUAGCUCUUCGCAAGAAGAGUGUGAUGUUCUUACAGAGGAAAUCGAACGAUUGAAAGAAAUGGAAGACAAGUUCAUCAACCUGGAAGAGGAAUUGGCCAAGGCGGCUAAACUUGAAGAGAGAGUGGAAGAGUACGAAAAGAAAAUCAGCGGCCUUGAAGAAAAGUUAUCGAAUGCUGAAAACAGAGAAGAGGUGAAAGGUCAAACGGAGGACGAAGAAAGUGAGAAGGAACGGGAACAGUCUCUGAGAGAAUAUAAAGAGAAGGUCGAGUCCUUAGAGAAUGAACUCAGCUGCGCAAAACAGGAGGUCACCAGAUUGCAGGAAGAAAUUAACAAGAUGGGAGAGAAGAAUGAACUCGACAUCAACAAAGUGGUUGAAACGCACGAGGAAAGGAUGAAGAAUUCCAACGAUAGAGUCCAACAUCUAUUAGCUCGUAUCGAGGAAAGUGAAAAGGAACAUCAGGAAAAUCUUUCAGCACUGGAGACUGAGACAGCUUCCCUGAAAAAACAGUUAGACGAUGCCUUUGGGGAGAAGGAAAAGUUGCAAAUUAUGGUUAAAAACCUCGAUGCUGCAAAACAAGCUGUCGUUCAUAUGUACGACGAGAAAAUCGAAGUUCUGGUCAGUGACUUAGAGGAGGCAACUGAGAGGGUUAGCAUUGCCGAGGAAAAUUUGAAAAAGACCACCCAACAAUUUGCUAUCGAGCAAGCGAAAUUGGAGAAUGAGGUGAUAAACCUUCGUGAUGAAAAUGAACGACUAAAGGAACAACAUGGUUUGUCAAUUCAAAGUCUUGAAAGUACGCUUAGCAAUGAGGUUGAAUCAAGAGACGCCUUGCAAAAGAGAGUUGCUGACUUGUUAGAACAAUUUAGUGGCGAAAGGGCGAAUUUGGAAGGAAAGCUGGACGAAGUUUGCGCCGACAGUAAAAGACUUGUAGAAGCCUUUGAAGAGAAGAGAAAAAUGUUGGAGGAUGAGCUGAUAACUGAAAAGAAUGAAAAAGCAGCCACACUGAAAGCUUUGGAGGAAAGCAAAGAAGAAGUGAUCAAUCAUAUUACCAAGGUACAAGAAUUGGACAGCACUGUGCUUGAAAAAGAAAGCACAAUAGUGAAUCACGAAGAGACGAUAAAAGAGGUUGGCCAAGAGCUCAGCAUAGAAAAAGAGAAGGUAUCUAGAUUAGAGAAAGAGAUGCAGGUACUCAUGGAAAACCAGAGCUCGGAGUACGUGCACAGUCUAGAACGUAUAAAGAACGACCUGAAACAGGAAUACGACGAAACAACAAAGCAAUUGAAGAAAAAUUAUGAAAAUAUUUUCGCCAAAAUGGAGGAUGAACACCGAAUAAGCCGCGAAGAGAUUGAAGCAGAGGUAGCAUCUUUGAAAGGUAUGGUAGAAAAUCUGGAACAGUUGAAUCAACUGAAAGACGAAGAACAUGAGGUUCUCAUGACAGAUCAGGCGAGCAAGCAUGAAGCCCUGGUGGCUAAUUUAGAAACGAGUUUCGAGAAAGAAAAACAUCACUUGGUAGAGAAAGUCGACACUAAGGAAAAGGAACUGGAGGAGAUCAAGAGCGAAACUAACUUCCUCGUGGAGAAGCACAAGGCUGAUUUGAUUGAAUUAGAAUCCAAGUUGUCAGAGCAGUAUCAGACGCAAUUAAAAAAUGUCAAAGGUGAAGUUCAAGUGGCAGUAAAAGAGAAGGAACGACUGAAAGAGGAGUAUGAAAAGGAGAUAGAAACGCUUAAAGAUCAACUUAUUUUUGAAAGCGCUUUCCAAGCCGAUCUUCAAACCCAGCAUGACAAAGAAAUGGUCUCUCAGAAAGAAUCUUUGGAAGGUGAACAUAAGAAGCAAAUUGAGAUCAUAAACGAGACUCUGCAGGAACGAAUUCGGCAACUGGAAACGACAAAAACUGAACGCGAAACAGAGAUCGAGGAAUUAAAAUUUAAAUUAGAAGAAUCCCAAGUAGAGUUGGGUACCUUUACUGAUCAGCACGAAGCAGAGUUGGGACGUCUUCAAGCACAACUGCUGGACAAAACUCAGGAAUGUGAGAGGUUGAAAGAACAAGUGGGUGUUGAAGUGGUUCAGCUGUCAUCUCGAGUUGAGAAAUUGUCUGCCGAGAGAGAACCUCUCGAAGAAAACGGAGAUAAAGAAAGCAUGAAGCUUGGUUACGAGGUAAUGUUGGCGUCUUUAAGAGUUGAAAACCACGAUCUCAAUGAUCAAGUUCAAAGUCUCAAGGAAGAGGUGCAAAGUACUGUAAACGCUCACCAACAAGAAAUUGACUUAACAAAAAACGAGUUGGACCGACAAUUUAGACAACGGGAAGACCAGAUCAAUAAGGAACACUCUGGAGAACUAAAAAAGCUCAUGGAAAAGCUACAAGACUUGGUGCAACAACAGAACGCGUCCAAAACACGCACUGAAGAGCACAUGCAAGACUUAGGAACAUUACGAGCAGAAUUUGAUCACAAGUUUCAACGUGUCCUACGGGAGAAACAAGACGAGAUGGAAGAACAUAGAAACGCCCUUCACCAACAGUACCAGUCAAAAUUUUUUGAAAGCGAAGAGCUACUGAAGAAGAAAGAUUUGGAGGUAAAGGGUCUUCACAGGGACUUGAAGACUCUUCUAGACCGCAUCGAUACAUGUAAAGAAGAAGUAUUCGGGUAUCAAAAGGAUUUGAUGAAGGCUACUGAAGACCUAAAAAAGCUCCGACGAGAAAACUCCGAACUAUACCAAAAGCUUCGAGAACAAAUAGCCAAGUCACGAGGAGCUUCGUUGGGCGGUGGUCAGAAGACAAUAGAAAAGUUGCAACUUGAAAAUGAAAGAUUAAAACGGGAAAAUGAAAACCUGAAGAAACUAAUCAACAGGCCAUCACCUUAUGUAAUGAACGGACUUCGAGAGUCAACAGCAUUUAGUGAAGGAUCUCAUGUCCUACAACUCAUCAAACUCAUGGAGCAGUUGAUGAAGGAGAAAAACACUCUGGAAUUGAAACUACGACAGGAAAUCUUAGAUUUGAAAACAAAGUUCGGAGUCCUUGGUGAUACAAGCAAGGCCUCCGUAAACAACAGCACUGUUAUGUCAGUAUCAUUAUCACCUGAAAAGCAUCUUAGCAGGGACGGCCUGGUGGAAAUGCUUCACGAACUCAGGGAGAACAAAGUGAAACAAGAAGAGGAUAUCAAAAACCAUGCUCAAGAGACUGAAACUAUGAUAAGCGAAAUCAAGAAAAUGCUGGACUCCACUGAAUUUACAGAUCUUAGGCUACAGGAAAUGCUGCAAAGCCAACUGAAGCACCUGGAAGAACAAAGAAGAGUCCUGGUACAAAGGCUUUGGCAGCUCAGAGAAAAGCACCGAGCGGUAGAAGAAAAGCUAUCUAGACAAUUGGCGGGAAUCAGUCCUCAAAACAGCAGUAAUAACUCAGACAGUGCGAAAUCAAAGUGUUAUGAGAGUAUCAUCGAGGAGAAUAUCAGACGUGAGAAGGAGCUUUUAGCGCUAAAGCGUCGACAAGUGGAAGACCUUAAUGCAAGGAUAACACGUGAAAAACAAGCAUUGGAGAAGCAUUCCAAAGAGAAGCAAAUAUUGGAAAAGGAGAUGAAGGAGAAAGAGAAGCUCGAGAGCGAGCUGUCCAGUCAAAGGCGAGAUCUGGAGAGGAAAUGGAUGGGACGGUUGAAAGAGAAGGAGAUCCAACUGAAAAGAGAAAGAGAAAUUUUAGACGAAAAUAGGAGACGUGACGAAGUUGAAAAUAUCCUGCUCAGUCAACCUUCCCCCAGAACUACCAGUAGAGCAGGAGGUGCAGAUUCAAGAUCAUGUGUUAAUUUCCCUCCGGCGAGCCAACUACCAGCAGAAGGAGUGAGAUCUCAUGGGUGGACCACUAGUUCAUCGACGCCCAUCCAAAUGGGUGACUAUUCUUCACGUGAUGGAAAGCAAUUAAGCGAUCGAGCGGCGACUUCAGACACUCGUGAGUCUUGGCGGUACGGAAAGUCAAAACGUUCAUUUUCGAAGAAAAGGGAGCAAACUGGAAGUAGCCGCAUGGAAGUCCACAUCCCAAAGCUGGAACUUUCGGAUGAUUCGGACGCGGAUCUUGGUCUCGCAAACGACUCGAAUUCUUGGGAUAUCGAAUUGGGAGACGACGAUUCUGAUCUUGAACUUUACAGUGUGCAGUCCGUUGAAGGCUUCGAAAACUUUGAGGAGGACUGGGGACGAAGGCUUGAAGAAGAAUUAAGACAGAUAUCGGCAAGUGGGGCUGUACUGCAAGCAAAUGAUGCUACAGAUGCGCAAAAGUUUCCACCAGUACAACCAGUAGGAGGGGCGUACCAGGAAGAAAUAACAAAGAGUAAACUCACUGCGAUGGAUAACGCGCCGUCGUCACUCUACAAUUCAAAAGUCGACUUGGAUACUAGUUGGCUUCGUAAACUUAGCCACGAAUACACGCAUCCACGGGUUAAUCAUCCACGGACGUCAACAGCCAAUGGAACGCAUGAAAAGUCAGCGGAUCCCUUUAGUGUUAUUGAUGUGUCACGUAUAACGACCGAACUCGCUUCUGUACCUAACGAUGCAACUUUGCGUCGUAUUUCACAAGAGCAAGGACUCGCUCAUAAGAAACGUGCUCACGGAAGUAUUAGCGGGGGUUCUAGUACCUCACAUUACGUCGUGGAAUCCUUGUUUCCUUUGCAUCGAAACCCAUCCAAAGAGAGCGGGAUCGAUUCUCCAAGUUCAGUCCGUUCGGAACCAGUAGUUUCAGCAUCGCGACGUCGUUCGCUUCGUAGUGAACGUGCCUCGGGAGUGUAUCUUCUGAACGUUGAUGAGUAUGUGGACCGUCAUCUGGUGAGGUCGUCUGAAGAGGUUGCCAAAAUACGCACCUUAUCUCCCUCCGAGAAGCGUUUCGAUUUAUAACACUUAUAUUUGUCUGGCGUCCAACUGAUUGUGCUUCACAUGGAUUGUUACAGUUGCUUGUUGAGAUGUCUAGUCUUUGAAAGAUAUCACUAGCAUUUUACCUGUAGGCGGAGUGUAUAUAUCUUGUAACGUUGAAGGAUUAUCCACAUUAUACUACUGGUGGUAUUCAAAGACUCAUCGCCGUACAAAACGGUUUAAAUUUAACUUUGCAUGUUUAUCUCGUGUGCUGCGAAAAUAGUAAAAAAAAUGGUGGUUAUUAUCACCAAGAAGCAAGUUCCUGUUAAGAGUUCACUCAAGCUCGAAUACGUCACAACGCGUUUCUAUGAAAAGACCCUUGUUCGUACUAUUUGGUCACAUUACUCUCAGAGAAGAGUGUGUAGGCAUAUAUAUCAAACAACACAUAAGACUAAAUUAAUGAUUUUGUUAGGAAUUUAAAUGUACCGUUGCCUUGAAAAACUUUGGCCGAGUUCUGUUUUAAACCAGAUUUUCACUUGUUAUACUUUUUUUUUAUUUAAAGAAAUAUUUUUAAAGAAAAGUAACGACCUAAAUAAUUGCAUAAAUAAAUAACGUUGUACAUUAUUUAAGUGUGUUUACGGAGGUGAGGUAACCUGUAUGAGCCAAAAAGGAGUUCCAGAGGACAACGCCCAUUGCAAAUAUAUCUGAGCAAAACUGGAAACCAAAUAACGCAUUUUAUUAUUUGACGCAAUCUCCUCCAAAAAUUGUGACAAAGUGUUUCAGUACUGCGUUAUGUAUAUAUUGUUUGAAAGAGCCUUCCCGAUGCACAACAUAACAUUGAGUGGCAGACAGUCUGCUGUAAGAUCCUUCAGAUUCCCAUGUUCUAGUUCAACGAUUUCAUUGUUGCAAUUUGAUUUCCCAUUUGCGAAACACACUACCUUACAAAACAAUACCAACUGAAAACAAAGAAAAUCCUUCGCUUUACUGCGAAGGAUCGUGCACAUAUACGUUUCAUAACCGCAGUUCAUA